CAAGGCAUCCAAGUAAGUGAUUUAAUUGUUUAAUUGAUAUUUUCACGCCCAAGACUAUAUUAUCAAUGCUCGGUCAACAAUAGAGUGGAAUGAGUUUAGGGAUAGACUUGCUAAGAAGAUGUUUAAAGAGUAUCAAGGGAGGAGACUUCGAAUUUUAACUACUUAAUGAAAUGGAUAAUAGGUGAUUAAUGGUUUUUAUUUAUAAUUAUAUGCUACUUUAAUUAUACAGCUAGGUCUGCCUUGAAUGUGUUGUGUUUUUUCUGAUUAUAUGGUUUUUAUUAGGUCUAUUUUCAUUUAAGGACAGUGUUUAGUGCUUGAAUGUGUUGUGUUUGCCAACAUUUAUUGUUGAUAGAUUUACCUAAGUUAUGCAUGACACGAUAUAUGCAUCACAGAUUUUUUUUUAGCUGACUUUUUUUUUUUUUUUUUUGCUGUUUAUCUUGGCUGUCUGCUAAUGUUUACAUUGUGAUAUUUAGGAACAAUGACUUCUAAAAGACAAGUCAAACAACCUAUGGGUCCUCCUAAUAGAAGAGGAUAUGUUUCGUGGAAUUCAAAAAUGGAUGAGAUACUUACUAAUACAUUGUUUGAGCAAAUAAAUGAAGGGAACAAGGGUGAUGGAUAUUUCAAGUCACAAGCAUAUCAAGCCGUGGUUGACAAGUUAAGGGCUGACUUGGGCAUGUCUAUAACUGUAGAUCAUGUUAGGAAUCGGAUUAAUGUUUGGAAGAAGCACUAUUCUGUUAUUCCUAAAAUUCGAACUUACACGAAGUUUAAAUGGGAUGAAAAAAAGAAGAUGGUGGUGAUCCCUCCAAAACAGCUUGCUGAUUGGUAUAUGUACUGUAUGGAAGCUACCCAAGCCGCUGCAUAUCAGAAUAAAUUCAUUGAGAAUUGGGAUGAUAUUUGUACUUUGUUUGCUUCGGAUAGAACAACUGGGGAGGGAGCUGAGCAUCAUGAUGAGGCUGUUGAUGCAAUGGACACCGAAAUUGAAGGGGGUAGUACCUCCGAGACUUCUUCUGGAGGAUCAAAUAAGAGGCUCAAGAGAGAUCGUCUAGCAGAUGUAGUGAGUUAUUUUGCAGAGUCAUUAAAGGACUAUGUGAGCAGAACGCAAGGGCCACCGAAGCCAAGUUCACAAGAGAUCUACGAGGUAAUCUCGAGUGUACUUGGGAUCUCGCGUCACCAAGUCCUACAAGCUGUGAAAAGGUUCAUGAAUGGGACAAAUGAUUUCGAAAUGUUAAAAAAUCUAUCGGAGGGGGAAAAUUAGAUUGGGUUUUAUUAUGUAUUAAUGAUUAGUAUCUUUAUUUAGAUGUUUGUGAACUAAA